GGUGCCGGACUGGUGCCGAACAACCGGACGCGGCUGGGUCAGAGGAUGUUGCGCAUCAUCAACGUGUCGUACGAGGACUCGGGCGUCUACUCGUGUCGGCUCGCUCACAGCAACACACUUCUCAGCAACUACACCAUCCGGGUGACAGACUCUCUGUCAUCUGGUGAUGAUGAAGAUUAUGAUGAAGAUCCAGAAGAUGCAGGUAAUGGAAAUGAAGCGCCGUAUUGGACGAGGCCCGACCGGAUGGAUAAGAAGCUUCUGGCCGUUCCUGCCGCCAACACCGUCAAGUUCCGCUGCGCCGCGGCCGGAAACCCGACGCCGAGCAUCCACUGGCUGAAGAACGGCAAAGAGUUCAAGGGAGAGCAGAGGAUGGGAGGCAUCAAGCUGAGACACCAGCAGUGGAGUCUGGUGAUGGAGAGCGCCGUGCCGUCAGACCGGGGAAACUACACCUGCGUGGUGCAUAACAAAUACGGCACCAUCACCCAUACCUACCAGCUGGAUGUGCUAGAGCGCUCCCCUCACAGGCCCAUCCUCCAGGCGGGGCUGCCGGCCAAUCAGACGGUGGUGGUGGGCAGCAACGUGGAGUUCCACUGCAAGGUUUACAGCGAUGCUCAGCCGCACAUCCAGUGGCUGAAACACAUCGAGGUCAACGGCAGCCGCUACGGCCCCGACGGCGUGCCCUACGUUAACGUCCUGAAGACGGCCGGUAUUAACACUACAGAUAAGGAGCUAGAGGUUCUCUUUUUGACCAAUGUGUCUUUUGAGGAUGCGGGCGAGUACACUUGUCUGGCAGGGAACUCUAUCGGCUAUGCUUACCACUCUGCUUGGCUGACGGUGCUUCCAGCAGUGAGCCCGGAAAAGGAAGACUACUACGCCGACAUCCUCAUCUACGUGACUGGCUGCGUGCUCUUCAUACUCGCCGUGGUCAUCGUCGUCCUCUGCCGCAUGAGGAUGACCACGCAGAAGACGCUGCCGACCCCGCCCGUGCAAAAACUCUCCAAGUUCCCCCUCAAGAGACAGCAGGUGUCCUUGGAUUCUAACUCCUCCAUGAACUCCAACACACCAUUGGUGAGGAUCGCCCGCCUGUCGUCCAGCGAUGGACCGAUGCUGGCCAACGUCUCGGAGCUGGAGCUGCCGUCAGACCCCAAAUGGGAGUUUCCUCGAACAAGGUUGACUUUGGGUAAACCUCUGGGCGAAGGCUGCUUCGGUCAGGUGGUGAUGGCCGAGGCUAUCGGCAUCGACAAGGAGAAGCCCAACAAGCCGCUCACUGUUGCUGUGAAAAUGUUGAAAGAUGACGCCACAGAUAAAGAUUUGUCAGACCUGGUGUCGGAGAUGGAGAUGAUGAAAAUGAUCGGAAAACACAAAAACAUUAUCAACCUGCUGGGAGCGUGCACGCAGGACGGUCCGUUAUACGUCCUGGUGGAAUACGCCUCCAAAGGCAACCUGAGGGAGUACCUGAGGGCGCGGCGGCCCCCGGGCAUGGACUACUCCUUUGACACCUGUAAAAUCCCAGACGAGCAGCUCACCUUCAAAGACCUGGUGUCCUGCGCCUACCAGGUCGCCCGAGGCAUGGAGUACCUCGCCUCGCAGAAGUGUAUCCACAGAGACCUGGCAGCCAGAAACGUCCUCGUGACGGAGGACAACGUUAUGAAGAUCGCCGACUUCGGUCUAGCCAGAGACGUGCACAAUAUAGACUACUACAAAAAGACCACAAACGGUCGGCUGCCCGUGAAAUGGAUGGCUCCAGAGGCUCUGUUCGACCGGGUCUACACGCACCAGAGCGAUGUGUGGUCCUAUGGUGUGUUACUGUGGGAGAUCUUCACCCUGGGAGGCUCGCCGUACCCAGGAAUCCCAGUAGAAGAACUCUUUAAGCUGCUGAAGGAGGGACACCGAAUGGACAAACCCGCCAACUGCACCCAUGAACUGUACAUGAUCAUGAGGGAGUGCUGGCAUGCUGUUCCCUCUCAGAGGCCGACCUUCAGACAGCUCGUAGAGGAUCACGACCGGGUUUUAUCAAUGACCUCCACUGACGAGUACCUGGACCUGUCGGUUCCCUUCGAGCAGUACUCGCCCACCUGUCAGGACUCCAACAGCACCUGCUCCUCAGGAGACGACUCGGUGUUCGCCCAUGACCCGCUGCCUGACGAGCCCUGUCUUCCCAAACAGCUUCCCAGUAACGGGGUGAUUAGGACAUAA